CCAUCCUCUCUCAUUUUCUUCACACCUUCAUCUAUUACUUUCUCAAUCUUUUUUUAUCACAUUCUCUCUCACCACCCUUUUCCUUUUAUAGGAAAUCAAAUUAAGGUGAACUCCACAUCUUUCUUUUUACAGCUCUAUAUCUCUCCGUCUCUUUUUGAUAUAACAUUUGAUGUCAAAAGACAUGAAUCUAUCAGUAAAUGGGCAAUCUCAAGUGCCUCCAGGAUUCCGUUUCCAUCCAACGGAGGAAGAACUUCUACACUAUUACUUGAGGAAAAAGGUUGCCUGUGAGAAGAUUGAUCUUGAUGUUAUUCGUGAUGUUGAUCUCAACAAGCUCGAACCAUGGGAUAUUCAAGAGAAGUGCAGAAUAGGAGGAUCGACGCCGCAAAAUGAUUGGUACUUCUUCAGUCACAAAGACAAAAAGUAUCCUACAGGAACUCGAACCAAUCGUGCUACUGCUGCGGGGUUCUGGAAAGCCACAGGUCGUGAUAAAGUCAUACACAGCAAUUGUAAGAGAAUUGGGAUGAGAAAAACCUUAGUCUUCUAUAAAGGACGUGCCCCUCAUGGCCAAAAAUCAGAUUGGAUCAUGCAUGAAUAUCGCCUCGAUGAUAACAUGACCAACCCCCAAGACGCCGUCAACGCCUCUGAAUCAAGUAGCCCGGAAGAAGGGUGGGUGGUGUGUCGAGUUUUCAAGAAGAAGAAUUACCAUAAGGCACUUGAGAGUCCUCAUCAGAGUUCAUCAGCAGUCUCUAUUAUGAACUCAAGAACACUUAUUCAGAAACCAAACAACGAUGGCGUUCUGGAUCAAAUACUCAUGUACAUGGGAAGAUCGUCAUGUAAACAACAAGAUCAUGAAAACAAACACAGUAUCAACUUGGUCAACAACAUCAAUAACAUUCACUUAGAUGAUCAUCACAUGCAAAUAAACAGCACCUCGUCCUACAUCAACACCAACAGCAGCAACGGUACUACAUUUCUACACCUUCCAGCGCUAGAGAAUCAUCAUUCUCCGACGACCAACAUGGAUGAUGACGUGUCAUCUCUGCAACUAAUCCAACAAGAUUGCAGCUUUGGUCAUGAGAAUAUGUUAACAGAAACUGAACCUACUUCUGGGGCUGGUCCAAGUGAUUGGGUAGCUCUCGAUCGUCUGGUGGCUUCUCAACUGAAUGGCCAUGUGGAAACAUCAAACAACUUAUAUUUUCCACUGCAUAAUAAUGGGUUACAGCUGCGUACCAACGGGAGACCAAAUGAUGAGGACGACGCGUUCUCUCAAUCUCAAGCUGCACAUGAGGACGAUGUUGAAUUUUGGAGCUAUGCUCGAUCUUCCUCAUCAUCACCCUCUGAUCCAUUAUGCCACUUGUCGGUUUAAUUCUAAGUAUAUACAUAGCCUUCUCUCGUACGUAAUAGGCCACUCUCCAUCGUAUAUUAUGUAGAGCAGCACGUACCUAUAUAUAUAUACUAUAGUUCAAAAGACGUCAUUAUAUUAUAGUACGUUAGUUUGAUUGAUACAAUAAUAGUACACGCACUUGGAUAAUAUUUCUGACGGUAGACAUUGUCAACUGGAAUAUCUUUUCCUAAUAAUUAAGGUUGUCUCCCUAUUUCAUCA